AUGCCACCUCCUGAUACAGAACCUCAAUCACAAUUAACUCAUCGUCAAUCCAUAACCACAAAAAAAUUCGAACGUGAUUAUGUACCACCGAAUUUCACCAUAAAAGAACUUCGUCAAGCGAUACCACCACAUUGUUUUGAAAGAGAUACAUUAAAAUCAUUUAGCUAUGUUUUAAAAGAUUUAGCCGUCAUUGGGGUCUUAGCUUAUGCUGCCACCUAUAUUGACUCUCAUUUACCACUAGCUUUACGUUUCAUAGCUUGGCCAACAUAUUGGUUUUUUUGUGGAGCGUUCGCAACAGGAGUUUGGGUGAUUGCUCAUGAAUGUGGUCAUCAGGCUUUCUCUCCCUCGAAAACGAUCAAUAAUGCCGUUGGUUUUGUUCUUCAUUCGGCCUUAUUAGUGCCUUAUCAUUCAUGGAGAAUUUCCCAUUCAAAACAUCACAAGCAUACUGGUCAUGUGACUAAGGAUCAAGUUUUUGUACCUAAAACCAGAUCAAAAUUAGGUUUGCAUUUGCCUACUGAUGAUCCCGAACAGAUGAAUCAUUCCGUAUUUGAAGAUACACCAAUCAUCACCUUAUUCAAUUUAAUUGGUCAACAAUUACUCGGUUGGCCUAUGUAUUUAAUUUUCAAUUCUUCCGGACAAGUUUAUGAUGAUCGUUGGGCAAAUCACUUUAACCCUAAUUCUCCCAUCUUUGAUCCUAAAAAUUAUGUUGACGUCAUCAUCUCCGAUAUUGGUAUGAUCAUUGCUUUAUCGGCUAUGGUUUAUCUAUCUUACGUUUAUUCGUUCCUUAGCGUGGCCAAAUAUUAUUUAAUUCCUUAUUUGAUCGUGAAUCAUUGGCUUGUCUUGAUUACUUUUCUUCAACACACCGAUCCCAAGUUACCUCAUUAUCGUGAAGGUCAAUGGGAUUUCAUUCGUGGUGCUACUUGUACAGUCGACCGUCAUAUUGGUUUUCUCGAUUCAAUCUUUCACAAAAUUACUUCAACUCAUGUAGCACAUCAUAUGUUUAGUACGAUGCCUCAUUAUAAUGCCGAAGAAGCUACUCAUCAUCUUGAAAAAGUACUCGGUCCUUAUUAUAUUUUUGAUGAUACACCUAUCUUUAAAGCUCUUUGGAGAAGCUUUUCCACUUGUAAAUAUAUUGAAGAUGAAGGCGAUAUUCUUUUUUACAAAAAUUAG